UUUUUGUUGUGAGUUUCUGUUGAGAUUUUGGAUUCGGUGAGAGUGAGUUGAGAUCUGCUGGAAUUGUCGGAAUUUUUUUUUGCUGUCUGUGGAUUUUUGCCUUUCGGACUCCACUACUGGUGAUUCCAGUAGGUUUCCGAUGAGAGAAUCUAUGCUUCUGUGUAGAAUCUGCAGCUGACGGCGUGAAUUUAGCUGCGAACUUUGGCUCUGUCUCUCGGUUUAACGAUUUUGUGUAAACAUGACGCUUUUUGUUAGGAGAAUCAGCGGCAGAAUAGUGUUUUUUUCGUGUCUAAAGGUGGGAUUUGUGAUUGAGGAUUGCUUGAAUCUGUUGAGUAUUGUGGGCUCUUGUCGGGGAAAAAGGUACUAAGAUUUUGUACAGAAGACGACUUUCAUUUUCGGGCUAAUUUCUGUUUGGAAAACUUUAGCCGCAGCCUCUUUGGUUUGAUGAAUUGCCCAAAAAAUUGGUUUCUGUUUAGCAGUGUGAUUUUUUUUUUUUUUUUUGGGCUAACUUGACGUUUCUUUUUCUUUCUUCUUUUUGGGUGAUUUAGGCCUUCGCCGGGGUACUUUUUCUGGUAUUGCUUAAUUUUUUUUUUUAAAAUGAUUUGAUAGUAGUGCUUUGGCGUUGGUUUGGUACGUGAAAAUUCAGCUUAUAUAUUUUCUUUUUUCGUUUUUUUUUAGACCUUUCUGAACAUGAGUUCAUCAUCAGAGCUGUCAAAGCCAUGGAUCGAGGCGCCGUGUUUCUCCAAUGUCCACUGAAAACAGUUGAUGACAAGCCUAAGAGGUUGAAAUUUCAGAGUGAUUAAGGUUGAUAAGGAGUCACAUAUCUUGCCAACUCAAGGAGUCCAAUUUCUUACCUCUGAUUCUCUGGAAUAUUUACAAAAGAAUGGGUGUUGUGUGUGACUUUUGUGGAGAUCAAAGAUCUGUUGUUUACUGCAAGUCAGAUGCUGCGUGCUUAUGCCUUUCAUGCGACCGGAAUGUUCAUUCAGCAAAUGCACUUUCUCAACGCCAUUCUCGGACGCUGUUGUGUGAUGGAUGCAAUUCACAACCGGCUAGAGUCAGGUGUAUUGAAGAAAAAGUGUCAUUUUGUCAAAACUGUGACUGGAACAGACAUGGUGGUUCAACUACAACUUCUGAACACAAGAGACAGGCAAUAAACUCUUAUGCUGGCUGUCCCUCUGCUGCAGAACUUUCUAGAAUAUGGUCCUUUAUUUUGGAAUUUCCUUCUUCUGGGGAUUCUAAACGUGAACAAGGGAUGACCUUGACAAGCAUUAACGAGGAUAGUGUCACCAACUGUUGGGAGCCUUCAAGCAGCAACACUCUGGACCUAACUAUGCAGAGCCAACUAGGAGAGAUGGAAACCACAGAUAAAUCCAGUUUUUGGAUGGACUCUUCACCAUUGCCCCCAUUAAACUCUAUGCCAUUUGGUGUGGAUCAACAAGAUGGAAUGUUAGACUCUGCUCUACAAAAGUUAUCGUGUGAUGGAAUGAAGGACCUUGGAAUUUUUGAGGAUGAAGAGCUAUAUGAAGACUUCAAUAUGGGUGAUGUAGACCUAACGUUUGAGAAUUAUGAAGAACUUUUUGGAAAUUCCCAGAAUAACUCUCAACUUCCUUUUGAUGAUGGUGGUGCUGAUAGGCUGUUAUUGGGGAAGAAUGUCUCUGCGGCCAACUCAAAUGGAAGAAAUGAGAUUGUCUUAGAGGCUUCUUCUUCAGCAGCAGAUCAUGCAUCAAUUGAUGAGUCCCUUCUUGCUCGUCCAGCAAAAAAAUUGCAUGCAGCAUGCAGAAGUGUGGUCUCUGAUUCGGUAAUGCCAAGUCAUUGCCCUGACACCGAGACAACUCUUUGUCUGCCACCAAGACAAGCAUGUUCGAAUUUGUCACUUGCAUUUUCAGCAUUGAGUGGUGAAAGCAGUGCUGGAGAUUAUCAAGAUUGUGGGAUGUCAUCUAUGCUCCUGAUGGGGGAACCUCCUUGGUUUUCUACUGGUUCAGACAACUCACAUACUCAAGCGAGCAGAGAUAAUGCUGUCAUGCGUUAUAAAGAGAAGAAAAAGACUCGCAAGUUUGAGAAAAAGAUAAGAUAUGCUUCUCGUAAGGCCAGGGCUGACAUCAGAAAACGUGUGAAGGGCAGGUUUGUCAAGGCUGGCGAUGCCUAUGAUUAUGACCCACUCUCUGAGACGAAAAGCAGCUGAAUAGAGAAAAGCAUCCUCAAUUAAAUGCCUGAGCGAAAUGGCAUAUAACGGAUGCAGAAUUAAUGUAGACAUUUGUGCGAGGUUUGUAUAUUGCCAGCUCGAGAGCUUUCAGUUACCUCCAUGAUUGUUCUUCCACAUAAAGAUAAAUGAUGGCAAUCCGGAAGACGUAUGAAAUGUGCACAUGCAGUGUCAAAAUUAAUUGAUGCCUAAGCUAUAGGAUGCCCACAAAUAAGCUUCUAACUGUGUUUAUUCUUGAGGAAGAUGCAGAAAAUGUAAGGACGUAUAUCGAUAAAAGCCAUUGAAGAGAAGGCUAAGUAUGCGAAUGCAGGCUGACUAUUGGAAGCAAAGGCAAUAAGAAAAAUGUUAGCGUACAAGGGAACUUGAUGCAGCAUAUGUAAACAUCAGCAUUUUUCGGCAGCAUUUUCCCCAAAUGAAGUCUGGAAAAUAGAAAAAGGAAAAAAGUAAAUGAAAGCACAGGAGAAUCGGAGUUGCAGUUUUGGAAGUUUUGCCAGAAGUAGUUGACCCUUUCUCUUAACCUCAAAAGAUUUGAGUGCUCCACUCAAUUUUGUAAAUAUUUUGCAUUGGUAUCGAACACUUCUAUUUAUGUCGAAACUCAUUUAUGAGAUUAUGGGCCUUUACUUCCCCAUACUGCUGCAUCUUCUGGUGCUGUUGCAAGAAUAAUAAUGUGUACACGAGUAUGGCAAUGCUAUGGACCCGUAUAGCAAACUUGAAUUUUUCCUUGUAUAUAUAGUUGUGGAACUACAUUCUUUUUUUUC